GUCCCCUAAUCCACAAAGUGGGGUCAGGGGGCCCCUUCAGGUCUUUUUACAUUUCACAAGGCUUCUUGGAUGAACUGCAUUAUAUUUUGCAUCUAAAAACAGAAAUGAGUCUUACAGUGUAGAUAAAUGAGUGAUAAUAUAGUAGGACUGUUGUUUAUACACUUACCAGUUUCUCUGCUGGGUUUUUACUGGUGUUCUCUCUUCAGCUGUGGCUGCUGUCUGAAUGUCUGAAUGGUUUAUACUGAGCUGUAGAGAAGGGGGAAAAAAAAGAAAGCCAGCUUCCCCUGGCAGGCAUCAUCCCCCUCAGCAGCCAGUCUGACCGCCCACAACCCGGGGGGAGAAAGUGCUGCUUUGUGAAUGAAGGGAGCGGCGGAGCAAGAAAACAAAACUUGAACUACAUUAUUUCCGACUGGAGAGGUUUCUGCGGUGCAACAAGGAGCGACAGAAAGGAGCGAGGAAACACAAGAAAAAGCUGUAAAUCAUGGUGGUCAGCUUUCUCUGUCUCUGCCUGGCGAUGGUAGUCAGUGGCGAACCCUGCCUCAUCAUCAGCGAGAUCAACGCCGACAACCCCAGACUGGACACCACUGAGUUCGUGGAGUUGUAUCACACCAGUGGACAACGGGCGUCUCUAGACGGCUACACCCUCGUGUUCUAUAAUGGGAAUGGAAAUAUAGCCUACAAGGUGCUUGACCUCAAAGGUCAUAGCACCGACGACAGGGGGUUCUUCCUGGUGGGCUCGGUGGACAUGCUGCCCAAACCGGCCAUCCCCCUGCCUCCCAACACAGUCCAGAAUGGCCCAGACGCCAUCGUCCUCUACCACACGUCUGCUGCUCGCUACAGCGAGAAGAUGAACGUCACGGCCAACGGGUUGGUGGACGCUGUCGUGUACAUGACUCGUCGUACGGGGGGUGCGGAGUUCCUCGCCGAGACCUUGACGCCGGGAGAGCCGGCCUUUGUGGAGGACGAGACGGCCCUCGAGGGGGACGAGUCGAUCGAGAGGUGCCUGCUGUCCGAAGAUCGCUGGGGCUUUCAGGUGUCCUCGCCCUCCCCGGGUCAGAGGAAUAACUGCACCCCGCCCGCCGCCCCGGCAACCAGUCCUGUCAUCACUGAGUUGAAGCUGGGAGGUGGGCAGGUGGACGGGUUCGUGGAGCUAACAGAGGCUCCAGCUGCCUCUGGUCCUCUGGUGCUGGUUGUAUUGGAUGGGAGGACGGACAGGGUCAGCGUGAGCGCGGACGUGAAUGUGUACACCUCCAGGAACGGGUUGAUGUCCGUGACCAUAGAGAAGAGCUACAUGAAAGGAGACGAGUCUGGGGCAGUGGCUAUUUACGGCGGCAGAGCCUCAGACUUCCCUGUGGGCAGUCCACUGAGCCAGAUACAGCCUCUGGAUGCAUUUGUGUUUGCUGGACCUGGAAACAAACCUAGUGCCAACCUCACAGAGACUCUCAUCCCGGGCAGAGAGCCCUACCAGCUCAGCAACAGUUUGAGAGAGGGAGGCUUCGAUCUGAGUCGCUGCGGCGUGGCCACCUGGGCCAGAGAUCCUGGUGUCUUCUGGGAGGCCCCGCAAACUCCCGCACAGCCCAACCAGUGCCCCUGGCCAAAGAUCUGCCCGCAUAAUAAUGCGAUUCCAGGAGGUACAGAUUCACCGCCUCACCUCCCACCCUGGGGCAACAGUGACUUCCUGAUCAACGAGCUGAACACUGACACACCUGGCGCAGCUGAGGACGGCGAGUACAUCGAGCUUUGGCACCCGUCAGGACGCCGGGUCUCCCUGCAGGGCAUCUGGAUACUGCUGUUCAGUGCACACAACAACAAACCCUACAGGGAGAUCAGCCUGAGUGGACACUUCACCACCUCUAAGGGUUACUUCCUGCUGGGCAGCGACAGGUUGGUUCCGGCUCCGUCGCUCCGCCUGCCCCCCAAUACCAUCCAGAACGGACCAGACGCUGUGGCGCUCUAUCGCAGCCCUUUUGGCCCACCGUCGGUCACGCAGAGGGGGAUCCCCACCAAAGGCCUGCUGGAUGCAGUCGUGUACCGACAGAGAGGAUCUGACAAGGAGGCACAGGAGCUGAGUAAAGCUCUGACCCCGGGACAGCUGCCUCUGCUGGAGGAUCCAGAGGUUCUGCCUGGUGACGAGGCCCUCAGCCGCUGUAGAGGCCUUUACCCAUACGACCUGUCUGCUUUUUCAGUGGCUCCACCCACACCUCUGAGGGAGAACAGCUGCCCCCGCCCCCCUCCGGCCCCUGAGGGCGUGGUCAUCAGUGAGGUGGCUUGUGGCUAUUGGACCAAUCACAGCCAGCAGAGGGGCUUUGUGGAGCUACACGGGCCCCCCAUGACGGACCUGAGGGGCCUGGUGCUCUCCGUGUUCGACCAGGAGCGCAGUGGCACCGUCAUUGCUCUUCCUUUGACCGGAUCUGUAGACCAGGAUGGAUUUUACAUCGUUGGAAAUGUCACCGGAGCAGAUCAGACUUUCCCGGAGGGCUCCACGGUGCCGGUACGAGGAGCAGUAGUCCUGUGCUACGACCUGUUCAGUGUCUGUAGAGCUGGCACUGCUCUGACAAACUCCAGUCUCAGAGACGUACUUGUGUUCAGUGAAAACCAGCAGCUGCUCUCCUCUCUGUCCACCACCAGAGGGAGACAAGUGAUUCCAGCUACCAGGUCAGUGGAAGACGGUCCCGUUUCGCUCAGCCGGUGUUCCUGCUGCGAGGUGAGGAGCCCCUCUUCCUGGACAAGCUCCUCGCCUACACCUCACAGCGCCAACCUCUGUCCGAGCUCCGCCUUCUCAAGUCGCAUUGACCUUUGCCUCGGACCGCUGUCCAGUGACUGGCAGGAGCAAUCGGGAGACUGCAGCGGUCUAAUCCAGGGGAAGAAGGUCGCUGAGGUGGCCGACUACCUGGAGCAGAGGUGUCACUGUGGCAUCUCUGCCUUGUAUCUCCAAGGAGCCAACUUCACCUGUGUGUCCGGGUGGCUCCGAGUGUGGGGGAACAUCCAGGCGCUGUCGGACCAUCAGAAGGCGCUCAUUAUCCAGACGUCGCACAUGCAUACUUUGUAUCCACAGGGAGACGUCUGCUCUGCUCCAACCACGGACCGUUACACAGGCACAGCGUCCGCCCUGGGGUUACAGAUAGGGCUGAUAGUAGCAGUGCUCCUGCUGCUGGGACUAGGAGCUGCUCUGUUCACAUAUUUCUACAGGAGGAGGCGCCCUCUGGACUAUUACACCAUGGAGCUGAGCGAACACGCAGAGGGACUGUCCGAUCUAUAAUCCAGGCAUCUGGAAGUUGCUCGUGUGCGUGGGAGGACUUCGGCAGAGAGCGAGGGGUAAUCAGAGGUUCAUUUGACCUGUACGUAACUGAUUGUGCGGCUGUUUUUUAAAACAAGCGCCACCACCAAGUGUCCUUCUGUGUGUCUUUGGAAGAUCGCUGACGAAAAUGACUCGUGGCGUGGUUGCGUCCAGCAUGUGGCAUGUGAUAUUUCAUGGCACCCCGGUGACACUUAAAUCAGGCAACCCGUGAAUUUAAAAACACAAGAUAAUAACAUAUUUUUCUAAAGGUCGGUGCCUGUGAAAAGUGCUGGUUACUACUUUUAAAGGUAAAGGAAAGAUAAAAGGGAUGAUUUUGUUUUUAAUACUUGAGUCCUAAAUGGUCAUUUUUGUUGACUUGUUCAUGUUACUGUGGAAACAGCCUUUUAACUUAAAAAAAAAAAGUGUAAAGAACCAUGCUAUGCAGGCAGCUCUAUCAAUUUAAUGACCUUCAUCACAUUUUCAGCUGGUACGGUGUUUUAACAACAGACUUUAUAACCAAGAUAACAUUCGUUAAGCUCACAUUUAGGGUCGACUUCCUGCUUUGUUUUCCUGCUACAUGCUGUAAAAGUCCAUUUUUAGGCUCUAGUCUCUCAAAGGGCUCAGUUGUCUUUUUAAAUGUGAAUGUCUUUAGCUAACUUGUGAUGAGUGUCUGUAACCACUUUUGUAUGCUUACUUAAAGCAAACUGUUUACAUUUUCUUGAUGGGAAAUUAGAAGAAAAAAAAGGGAUGUGAGAGAAUGAAGAGUAUUUGUUUCUAGAAAUGAGAGAUUGCUUAAGAAAAUCAGAACUAUUUUAUGUUUUUUUAGUGGCUCAGAAACCUCUACUGUGCCUUUAUACGUGUGUGUGUGUGUGUUAUUUGAUCAGCUGAUUCCUCAUUUAUUAGAGGGAAAGCACAGCCAUCUCUGCUGCAGCCAUAAGUGUAAAUACUAUGGAUAUGUUGUUAGUUAUUCUCAGGGGGGGGAGCAGUUAUCGCCAACUGAAGUGAUAACUUAUUGUGGAAAUGCAGAAACUAGCUGGGGUCAGCGUAAAAAGGGACAUUUUUUUUUAAUAGAUUCCAUAAAAAUCUAAAAAGAUAUGAUAAAUAAUCGUAAAAUUGCCAAUACAAAGUGCCAUUAAAUAAACGUAUAAGCCUGGA